AUCAUAUUCGACUAUUAAACCAUUAUUCAACAGAGCGACAAAAAACUCAUAAUCCCGCUAUUUUUUGACAAACAUCGUGUAGUGUGCUGCGGUGCUGCCCACUGUGUAUUUGGUCAGCGUAUAUUCCUCAAUUGUUGAUGGUACUUUACUUUAAGAAACAUGAGACGCUCGAGUGCUCAACUUUCUCGGGGUAUCGGGAGGCAUGGUCGUAAACAGGAUUUUAGCUUCUGUCAGGAACAAAAAGAAAUGACCAGUGUACUGCAAAGGAUAUACUAUCCUGCCAGAAAGAGCAUAGUACUUGCCUAUAAUCAGUGCUCUGUCACAAAUUCUACCACUGUGCAAAAAUGGUUUCAUACUUCACCUUCUUCAUCAUCAGAAACCAAGCUGGCAAAGACAUUGAAAGAAAAAAUUAAGUUAUCAGGACCCAUAACUGUAGCAGAGUACAUGCAAACUGUUUUAUCAAAUUCAUCAGAGAGUUAUUACAUGAGGAAAGACAUUUUUGGUGAAAAUGGGGAUUUUACUACAUCCCCUGAAAUUAGUCAAAUGUUUGGCGAGUUGAUUGGUGUCUGGUUCUAUGAAAGAUGGAUAAAUUAUGGAUCUCCUGAAAAGCUCAAGUUUGUGGAACUCGGUCCAGGACGUGGAACACUUGUUUCAGACAUCUUAAGGGUUUUUAAAAAAUUAGGUAACAUAUGCAAAGCUUUAAGUUUGCAUUUGGUUGAGAUCAGUCCAGCUAUGAGAGACAUGCAAAGAUCUUUAUUAUGCAAUAGAGUGUCCAUUGAAGAUGACCCUCAGAGUAUUUCAACACGAACUGAACAGGGCGUUCCUAUAACCUGGCAUCAUGUUGUACAGGAUAUUCCAAAAGGUUUUUCAUUUUAUCUGGCUAACGAGUUCUUUGAUGCCCUUCCAAUCCACCAAUUUAAACUGACAAAGUAUGGAUGGCGAGAGAUUCUUGUGGGUAUUGAUAAGGAUAUGGAUGGACAAGAUCGCUUGAAAUUUUUUCUCGCCCCAAACCCCACUCCAGCUAUGGUGUUUAUACCCGAAGAUGCACCGGCCGAUUUCCUCGAGGUUCGACCUCAAGCUAAUGUGAUUGCUGAACACAUGGCGCAAAACAUGCAAAACUACGGAGGAUGCUCCCUUCUAGUGGACUAUGGUGAUUACUCAUUUCAAAGAAAUACACUUAGGGCAUUUAAAAAGCAUCAGUUGACGGACCCCCUGAAGGAUAUUGGUAAUGCCGACCUAACAUCAAAUGUUAACUUCUCACAUUUGCAAAAAGUGUUUAUGAACUAUGGAGUUUCAACAUUUGGACCAGUUACACAGCGUCAUUUUUUGAAGGAAAUGGGAAUUGACGUGAGAAAACAGGUACUGCUUAAAAAGGCGACAUCAGAACAGACGAUCAAUAUAAACACAUCAUAUCAAAUGUUGACCGAUGAUAGAGAGAUGGGAAAUUGUUUCAAAUUCUUCGCCGCUAUAUCAGAAAAUGACAAACCGUCUGGAUUCUAAAGUCCUUAUGAUAUGAUAACACUUUCCUACAUCUGAAACGUGCAAACGUAUACGACAAAUGGCGUAGCCAUUCCGCGAGUUUUAGUCAUACUAUGUAAUUUUCACAUCGUCAUCAUUAUUCAUUUUUUUAUAAAUCUACAUUUCCGCGGUGAAUGAACUCAAUGCAAUUUGCAUUGUAUGACUAUAAAUAAGCGGCUGGCUAUAUCUCGAAAAUAAAAGAUGAAAAUUUAACUACAUAAGCUAGCAUGAGAGUGGAAAACACAGGAGCAGGGGAGAGGGGCUCCAGCUCACUAAAAAAUCUUAGUAAAGUGAAGAGUCUUCAAUUGAGGGCGCUGUGGUGAUCACGGAUUUACUUUAACAUUAUUUUAAUUUGCUAUUGUUAUUGUAAACAUAUUAUACUGUUUACACAGGAAUGAUAAAGUAUUAACAAGAUUUUGAAAUAACCGAA